AGAUAAAAAAAAUAACAAAAUUGCUUUUGUUGAAUUUUGAAAAAAAAACAUUGAUUUUUGACACUUCCAUAACUUUAGUAAGAUAUUUAGACAACCAUAUAAAUAAUGUACCUAAAUUAUUCAAAUAUGUUUAUAGACUUAAUGAAGAAUAUGCCAAUGUACGAUUGGAAGACUUGAAGGUACUCACGACUCUCGGUGUCGGAGGCUUUGGAAGAGUCGAACUAGUCCAAAUCUUUGGACAAAACUCCAAAUCUUACGCUCUGAAACAGAUGAAGAAGUCGCAAAUUGUCGAAACUCGCCAACAACAACACAUCAUGUCGGAAAAAGAGAUCAUGGGCGAGGCUAACUGUGAUUUUAUCGUUAAACUAUUUAAAACUUUCAAGGAUGCCAAGUACCUAUAUAUGCUCAUGGAAAGUUGUCUUGGAGGUGAACUUUGGACAGUGCUAAGGGAUAAAGGGCACUUUGACGAUACCACCACCCGUUUUUACACAGCGUGCGUGGUAGAAGCUUUCCACUACUUGCACUCAAGAAACAUUAUAUACAGAGAUUUGAAGCCUGAAAAUUUAUUAUUAGACGCUCAAGGGUAUGUAAAAUUGGUGGAUUUUGGAUUUGCCAAGAAAUUACAGGCCGGUAGAAAAACGUGGACUUUCUGCGGCACCCCCGAAUACGUAGCUCCAGAAGUCAUUCUGAACAAAGGACAUGAUAUCAGUGCUGACUAC